AUGUUCUUUCUUCGCUGCUCCUACGGCCACCUCAUCUUCUGUGACGAUGAUGGGUUCUACAUUGUUAAUGCGUUCAGCGGCACUAAGGUUGUGCCUCCUUGCCUUAAGUCAGACAACUUCAUUCGCACCAGCUAUGUCACCUUGACUGCCCCUGUUGCAUCCGCUGACUCGCAUCUCCUUGUCGGCAGCGGAGGUUAUCUGUUUCAGUGGCGCAUCGGGAGCGACUCUUGGUUGGAACACUAUCCGAAAGUUCCUUUUCUUAGGAUUGAACAAAUCAUAGCCUUCAAGGGCAAAACAUACACCCUAGGGUCUUUCGGGUCCUUCUGCAUUGUACAAUUUUCGCCCAGUCUCUUGAUUCAGAAGUUUGAAGUUGUGUUCGAGGAAGAUAGAACUGAAGAUCGCUAUUGGACAAAUCAAAAAACAUGGCUUGUGGUGUGGGACGUGCUUCUCUUAAUCAAACUUGAGGCAGCAGGAAGGAUAAGCCCGGAGGCCUUCCACUUCAAGGCCUUCAAGCUCGAGUCGCUGGACGCCAGGAAGAAGAAGGCAAGGUGGGUGAAGGUGGACAGGUUGAAUAACUGGGCCAUCUUUGUCAGCGCCGACGGGCGAUGCGAGGCGUUGUCGUUCAUGAACCCGGAGAGAUGGGGAGGGAGGAGCAACCACAUAUACUUCCCAAGUUAUCAGUCUGAACAACCUUGGGCUGCAGCGCAACUAUGGCAGAGAGCUAACAACCAUUCGACAAGUUCGUGGCUCUUGAAAACUGGAAGCCAGUAA